GGGGCGGUGGCUUUCUAUUACCCCUCUCACGGCUUCGCCCACCCACCUCUCUCUCUCUCUCUCUCUUCUCGCGUCAAACUCAGUCUUAGACGAUAAACUCUCUCUCUCUCUGCUCUCACAAAUUCCCAAGUCUGCGAUCUCUGACGCACAAUCUUACGCAACAUUAACAAACCUCCUUUUGGUUUUCCAUUUAAACAUGUUUUCUUUCCUAUUCCGACAUUAUUACGAGAUUUCUAUAUUCAAGAAAAUUUUGUUGAAAUAUCGUGUCUCUACCUGUUUUUGAUUCGCACGCGACAAAUCAACUAUCUCUCCAACUUUUCCACGCUACGUAAAAAGGAAAAAUCCACCUCGAAACCCUUUAUAUAGACUUCUCCAUUGUCUUUGUGGAAGACUUCCAAAUCUCUUCCCAUUUCUCCAUAUAACCUUGAGAGAGAGAGAGAGAUUUCACUAGACUAAACUUUAAUAGUAUUUUUAAUUCAUGGAAAAGGGAUGGGGUCUGGCCCUUGAGAAUUCCGAUCGAGUUGGAUUCUUCGGCAGCAAAUCAGUUUUCGAGUAUAGUCAGAGCCCGAGGCUGAAUAAUCGGAGCACGAUGUUUCCUGCGGCGCCACCUCCUGCCGGCGAACAUGAGGUGGUUGUAGGUGAAGUGGAUUUUUUCUCGGCGAAGAAGCGGCCUGUUGAUGAAGUCAAGAAGGAGAUCAAUGAGACCAGAGACUUGAAUAUUGGUUUGCAACUCGUGACUGCAAGUGAUCGAUCCAAGGUGGAUGAUGUUUCAUCUGAUGCGGAAGAUCGGCGAGCCAAAAUUGAGAUGGGACAAAUUGAGGUUGAACUCGAAAGAAUGAAAGCUGAGAAUCAGAGAUUAAAAGGGAUGGUUACUCACAUCAGCAACAACUACACCGCGCUGCAGAUGCAGCUCCACAGGUUGAUGCAACACCAACAAAAUGAGAUUGUUGAGAGGAAAUCGGAAGAAAAGGAGGAAAAUGGAGUAGUAUUGGUUCCAAGGCAAUUCUUGGAGUUAAACAAGCAGAUAAGUGAUGAACAGUCGGGUUCCUCUUCAGAAGAAAGAACGGUGACUGGAAAUAAAAGGAUUAAUGAGCGCGAUGAAUCGGAAGGCUCGGCUCCGAACAAGUCUCCCAAGCCGGCGCCGCCUGAGCCGCUGCCCGACGCCACCAUGCGCAAAGCCCGUGUCUCCGUUCGGGCUCGAUCGGAGGCGCCCAUGAUUUCGGAUGGAUGCCAAUGGAGGAAAUACGGGCAAAAGAUGGCGAAAGGCAAUCCGUGUCCACGAGCUUAUUAUCGUUGCACAAUGGCUGUCGGCUGUCCCGUUCGAAAACAAGUCCAAAGAUGCGCAGAGGAUCGAACGAUCCUGAUCACGACCUACGAAGGGAACCACAGCCACCCGCUGCCGCCCGCGGCGAUGUCGAUGGCGUCGACAACAUCCUCGGCGGCAAGCAUGCUGCUGGCGGGCUCGAUGCCGAGCGGCGACGGCGGCGGCCUAAUGAACCCUAGCUUCCUAACAAGAGCAAUGCUCCCAUGCUCAUCAAACAUGGCCACAAUCUCAGCUUCGGCUCCUUUCCCCACCAUCACACUCGACCUAACACACUCUCCGAGCCCGCACUUUCAGCUGCCUCUCGCUCCGGCUACGCCUCCAUCGUUUCAUCAAGUUCUGGGUCAAGUAGUCCAAAACCAGUCCAAGUUUUCGGGCCUUCAAAUGUCUCAGGACAUGAGCCAACUGCGGCCAUCCUACGCCGACACACUCAGCGCAGCCACAGCGGCGAUCACCUCCGACCCCACGUUCACGGCGGCCCUAGCCGCGGCCAUCUCGUCCAUCCUCGCCGGCGCUCAGCCCAAUAACGACGGCGCCGCUGCCGCAAACCACAAUAAUGCCCACGUAAGUACAAUUGACGACAAUACGCAGUGAUCAGCCGGUUUAUUGAGCCAUAUUUUUUUAAUUUAAGAAAGGUGUAUUUUUUUUGGGGGGGGGGGGGGGUAGUUUGAUCUAUGUCAGUUUAUUGAAAUAGUUUAUUUCCUCUAGUUUUGCUCAUUUUUUGUUGAAUUACCUUGUUCAUAUUGUUAGCCACUCUCCGUCCAAUCAAAAUAGUCUUCUUUUUUUCAUUUUUACACACGUAUUAAUAAUAAUAAAAUACAUUCAAUGUUAUUUGAAA